ACACCGAGAGAAAAGAGAGAAGACAACGCAGCAGCAGUGCAAGAAUUUUUCGAUCUGGACCGAGCGUGUUGUGACAGUGUGUGUGUGCGAGCGAGAUAACAUGAGAUUUGUUCAAAGAAGAUAAAAAAAGAUGAAGAAGAUGCCGUCCAAGUAGAUAAAUCCCUGUGAGCGUGCGUGUGCGUGCGAGUGUGUGUUUUUUUUGUGCGCUGGCUGAACAUUUUGUUUAAACAAUCUUGGCCGUGCGAUUAUUUCAAGGAAAUCAAAUGAGAGCGCGCAUUCGAUAAAAGAGAUAAAGGAAAAUACUGUUCGGCAUCAGGUGUUGAGGUGUUAAACAAUUCCAGUUCCAAAAACGCAAAGAAAAGUAAACAAAAAAGCGAACGCGCCGCGUGUAUUUAUACAUACAACUGCACCUAUGUCUGUGUGUGUGUGCGGCGCCAAUCAAAAGCCAAAAAUCGUCCAUAACUGACGGCUAAAAGACACAAACAACAAGAGUAAUAAUAAUAAUAACAAAAACCAGCAAAAACAACAACGACCAGCGAGGGCAUCGAGUGAUUCAACAGGCUGAACUACAUAAACCAUGUCGGAUUCGUAUUAUCAGGGCGAAUACAUCAAGCAUCCCGUUCUGUACGAGCUCAGUCACAAAUAUGGCUUCACAGAGAAUCUGCCCGAGAGCUGUAUGUCCAUACGGCUGGAGGAGAUCAAGGAGGCCAUUAGGCGGGAAAUCCGUAAGGAGCUGAAGAUCAAGGAGGGCGCCGAGAAGCUACGCGAGGUGGCCAAGGAUCGGCGCUCUCUCAGCAAUGUGGCCGUUCUUGUGAAGAAGAGCAAUAGCAAGCUGGCCGAGCUCAAGUCGGAGUUGCAGGAGCUGGAGAGUCAGAUACUCCUAACCUCGGCCAACACGGCUGUCAACAGCAAUGGACAAGAAUCAAUUAUUGCCUGCACUGAUCCCAAUGGCGGCUUCCUGGUCAGCGGAGCUGUUGGAGGCUUGGGCAGCGGCGGCGUUGGCGGAACUACAGCUCUCGAGGGUGGCGGACCGGCCACGGCCAAUGACAAAGUCCUUGCCUCACUGGAAAAGCAACUGCAAAUCGAAAUGAAGGUGAAGACUGGCGCGGAGAAUAUGAUCCAAUCGCUGGGCAUUGGUUGCGAUAAAAAGCUGCUGGCGGAGGCUCACCAGAUGUUGGCCGAUUCAAAGGCUAAGAUCGAGUUUCUGCGUUUGCGCAUCAUCAAGGUGAAGCAGAACCGGGAGCAGGCCGACCGGAUGAGAGCCACGCGUCAAAUGGUGGAUGAGCAUGGCCAGAUGAUUGGCGGGAAUAGCAGUAGUCAGCCGCAGAGUAUGGAAACAUCGCUGGAGGAGAGGAUUGAGGAGCUGCGUCAUAGGCUGAGGAUCGAAGCGGCCGUAGUUGAUGGAGCCAAGAAUGUUAUACGCACGCUGCAGACGGCGAAUCGAGCACCGGACAAGAAGGCGUUACAGGAGGCCCAUGGACGCUUGUCGGAAUCAUCACGAAAACUAGAUCUCUUGCGCCACUCCCUGGACUUGCGCCGCCAGGAGCUGCCCGUUGACUCGCCUGCCGCUCAGCAGCUCAAGACGGAGCUGCAGAUAUUCCAGCAAUCCACGUCGCCAGCUCCAGUCACCUACACUUCGCUUCAGUCGGGACAAGGGGGAAUAUUGGGCGGCAGGCCCUAUCAGUCAGUGUCCUCGCUCGGACGCUGUGCAAGUGUAACCGGCAAGCUGGAAGUGCGCCUGAUGGGCUGCCAGGAUCUGCUGGAAGAUGUGCCCGGACGUUCGCGUAGGGAUAAGGAUAACAACUCGAGUCCCGGGGAUUUGAGAAGCUUCGUCAAGGGUGUGACCUCGCGCAGCAGUUCGAAAAGCUAUUCGGUGAAGGAUGAGACCUCCAUUGAAAUAAUGGCAGCCAUCAAGCUGGACAACAUCACGGUGGGCCAGACCUCGUGGAAACCGUGUUCGCAGCAGGCCUGGGAUCAGCGUUUCUCCAUUGAUCUAGACCGAUCCCGUGAGCUGGAGAUCGGCGUUUAUUGGCGCGACUGGCGAUCGCUGUGUGCGGUGAAGGUGCUGCGCCUGGAGGAGUUCAUUGACGAUGUGCGACACGGCAUGGCCCUGCAGCUGGAGCCGCAGGGUCUGCUCUUUGCAGAGGUCAAGUUCUUGAACCCAAUGAUAUCGCAGAAGCCAAAGCUGCGACGUCAGCGCAUGAUCUUUAACCGGCAGCAGGCGAAGAAUAUCUCGCGGGCCAAGCAGAUGAACAUCAAUGUGGCCACCUGGGGACGCCUGCUCAAGCGAAAUGCUCCCAACCAUGUGCACAUGGGCACGGGAGCGGCCAGUGGUGCUCCCACCGGCACCAGUUCACCCAUGGUGGUCAGUGGUUCUCGGGACUCGGAGUCGCCAAUUUCAAGAACUCCCUCCUCGGAUGCCCUGGUCGAACCGGAGCCAUAUACGCCGGGAGAACAGGCCCAGAAUCUGGAAUUUGAUCCCGAUGCCGGUAUGCAUGAGCAUGUGGAGACACCGGGUGAAUAUCCGGAUCCGGCAGCCAGCGGUUUAAGCGGCAUGCGUCCCCUGUCCAUGCAUAUGCAGGGUAUCAGUGUCCUGCCGCCGGAAUCGCCACCCGUUGGUGCUGGCAGACCCAACACCCUAAGCUUGCAGAUGCCGGGAGCUGGAAGCAAGGGAGGAGCUCCAGUUAUACAGGGCGGUCGCACUGCAGCACCCACAACGGCGCCACCACCACCACCUGUGCUCAAGUCCAACACCACUCCGAUUCUGGAUCAGGAGCUGCAGGAUGCCCUGCAUGAGUUUGACUUCCUGUCGGACCUGGAUUCGCGUCCCACCACCCUGCGCCGUCUACUAAAAGAGCAGAACAUGUCCCUGGAUCCAGAGGCGUUAGAGAAUCUGCUACUGCAGCAGCAGCUGACCGAGCAGCAGGCGCUGCAGGAGCGCCAGCGGCAAGAGCAGCAGCGUUUGCAGCAGUUUCAAGAGGCCCAGCGCCAGGCAAUCCUUGAGUUGUGUCAGAAGCAACAGAGAGAACUGGAGGAGAGUCAGCUACAGCAGCAGCAGCAGCAGCUAUCGCCACCGCCGCCACCCGCCUUAAUCAUCCGCCCAACGCCGCCUGCCAGCAAUCAGCAAAUCUUGCCAAGCUCCCGCCUCAGCCAAAGCCAAAGCCCAACCCACAACCAAUUUCAGUUGCAGCCACAGUUGCCACAGUCACUGCCACAUCCCGCCCAGAAACCCACUGCUGAACCACCGUCCGCUGUGGAGCUGCAGCUGCAUCGUCCUGUCCUGACCCUACCGCCUGUGGUGCUGCUGGGUGGUCGGGAGGAGGAAGUCCGCUCCGUGCCGCCUUCGCCACUCGUCGAGUAUCCCGAGGACGAUGACGACUAUUUGUACCGAGGAGGAGAAGGAGGAGGCAAUGAUAACCAGGGCAGUCGGCUGCAUACCAGUCACAGCCACAACUCCAGUGCCGGCGAUCGUUUCUGUGUGGAGGCCCGCAUUAGUCUUGUACAUAUUACCCUCGAACCGAUCAAUGCCAGCCGGACGACCAGUUGCCUGAUCGAGGAGGUGGCGGAGCCGGAACCCCAGCCGGAGAUUAAGGCGGUGCAGCCCGCGAAAAAAGAAUUAUCCGAGGCCUGUGUCGAGAGUAUUCACCUCGAGACAGUUGAAAAGUUAGAAACAGAAGACCAAAAAGUGGAUCAGGUUAUACCGCAGUUGGGAAAACUGUAUGUGGGCUCUGGCCAGCAGCAAUAUGCUCAGUCAUCAUCGCCCAUCAUCCAGGAGCCACCCACGCCCACCAUAUAUGCUUCAGCCGGUGCUCCACAAUUCCCACAGCCCACGCAAAGGCAGGAGAAGCCACAGCAGCCGCAGCAGCAACCCAUCUAUGCCAAUCAGUAUGAGCUCAAUGUGGCCAAGGCGGCACAAGCUGCUGCCUCCUCCUCCUCCGGCAGCAGCAACAACUCUCAGCAGCGCAGGAAUGUGGCCCGUGGUCUGCAGUAUACCGGUGGUAUAGAGGUGGGCCGACCUGGUAAGCAGGCACCCAAUGCCGGCAUGCUAUCGCUGGACAACUUCCGCUUGCUGAGCGUCCUGGGACGCGGUCAUUUCGGCAAGGUGAUCCUUUCGCAGCUGCGCACCAACAACCAGUACUAUGCCAUCAAGGCGCUCAAGAAGGGCGAUAUAAUAGCCCGCGAUGAGGUGGAGUCGCUGCUUAGUGAAAAGCGCAUCUUUGAGGUGGCCAAUGCCAUGCGGCAUCCCUUCUUAGUCAACCUGUACUCGUGCUUCCAGACAGAUCAACACGUUUGCUUUGUGAUGGAGUACGCUGCUGGCGGGGAUUUGAUGAUGCACAUCCACACGGAUGUCUUCUUGGAACCCAGAGCUGUUUUCUAUGCCGCCUGCGUGGUCUUGGGGCUGCAGUAUCUCCAUGAAAACAAGAUUAUAUACCGUGACCUGAAGCUAGAUAACCUGCUGUUGGACACGGAUGGUUAUGUAAAGAUUGCAGACUUUGGCUUGUGCAAGGAGGGCAUGGGCUUUGGCGAUCGCACGGGCACCUUCUGCGGCACGCCCGAGUUCCUGGCACCCGAAGUGCUCACGGAAACCUCGUACACCAGGGCAGUGGACUGGUGGGGACUGGGUGUGUUGAUCUUUGAGAUGCUGGUGGGAGAGUCUCCCUUCCCUGGCGACGAUGAGGAGGAGGUAUUCGAUUCAAUUGUCAACGAUGAGGUGCGCUAUCCGCGUUUCCUCUCACUCGAGGCCAUAGCCGUGAUGCGCAGGCUGCUGCGCAAGAAUCCAGAGCGACGUCUGGGCUCUUCAGAGCGCGAUGCUGAGGAUGUCAAGAAGCAGGCAUUCUUCCGUUCCAUUGUCUGGGAUGAUUUGCUACUAAGAAAGGUCAAGCCUCCGUUUGUGCCCACCAUUAACCACCUGGAGGAUGUGUCCAACUUUGACGAGGAGUUCACCUCAGAGAAGGCCCAGCUAACGCCGCCCAAGGAGCCGCGCCAUCUGUCCGAGGACGAGCAGGUGCUCUUCCAGGACUUUUCAUACACGGCCGAAUGGUGUUGAUAAAGGCCUUUUACACGAAUAACCUUUGUGCUUUUACUUGUGUACCAAGUUUGGUUUUGCGUAAUUAUUUGACUUGGUUUAGUUGUCGGAUGUGAGUUCAAUAUUUAUAUGAGAAAGAAACAUACAGGACGUAUUUAUACAUACAUAUAAUAUAUAUAUUUAUAAAUGAUAACUAUAUAGAAAAUAUAAAUGUAUUUAUGAGAGAGACCUGGCCGAGCAAGAAAAGAGAGACCAAACCAAAUUACCUUUACCUAAAAGAAAGCAAAAGCAUUUGUCAAUCAUCUGCAUAAAUCACCUCCGAUAUCUGCCACCACAUCAUCCCUCCAUCCACAGAGAGUAGUUUAUUCUUUAUUAUUUCCUAAAAAAAAAAAACAAGAGCGAGCACACUCAUUGAAUAUAGUCUGAGAAAGCCUAGGAAAAGCCUUAUAUACGCAACGUUGAACAUUUUUUGUAAGAUCCCCGAUCUGAAUAGAUUUUAUAGCAUAUUUUUGUAGAGAGACAUACAAGAAGAAGCAAAUUCAAGGAUAUAUUUUAUACAUAAACAUAUACAUAUAUAUUGCAUGCACACAUCCCAGGAAACGAGCUCAUCUUUACACACAAAUAAUAAUAAUUGAGGAAAGUUCAAGAAAAGCAGCGAGAGAAAUGAAUAAAUUGUAAAUUGCCUUGCUAUAACCAUCAACUCCCCAGCCCCAUUGCCCGAGUUGUGUUAUAAUUUUUAACAUCUACAUAUAUAUAUAUAUUUUUUAAACCACACACACACGCAAAAACAUUUGUUAUUUAUUAUUAUUAUUAUACACCUACAAUUAUACAAGAAACUGUAUUGCUUUGAGCAUUUUUAUUCGAUGAUAGAAAGGAAGAAUACGAGGAUUGAGAAUAUAUAGGGGGCAAUGAAGAACUCAGCUCGUUGUCACAGAUAUAUAUCCUAUAUACGCUAUAUAUUUAAUGUAAUGCUUAGUUGUUUAAGUUUAAUCUAUUAUUGAAACGUUUAGCGUCUAAGAAACAUAAUUAUUGAUAAAAUAACGAUUCGAAAAGAGAAUGCAGAUCUUAUAUUGUCAUUUUUAUUAUUAUGAUUAUUAUUGUCGAUUUAAUUUUAACAUCAGUCACUUUGUUAAGCUUCAAGUUGUGACUGUAACUUAUACUAUACAUACAUAUUAUUGAUAUGAUUUUGAAUAAAUGUAUCUAUUGCUAUUAA